CUGCAACGUCGCCUCACGCCCUGCGCGAUGACGUCACGACGCAUGUAAAGUACCCGGCGGUGACGUCGCCGUUGUAAACACUCGGGCCCCGGUGGAGGCAUGGCGGAGUGAAGUUCUCUUCACCACCCGGCCGCUACCGCCGCCGCCGCCUUCUCCACAGCAGCAGCAGCGGCGGCCGUGGCGACGGUAGCGCGAUGCUGGAAGGGGCCUCGUCGCUCCUCGCUCGGCCAGAGUCGGUGCGCGCGGUCGAGAACUCGCCGGCGAGGCCGCGAUGGCGGGAGCCCGGGCCUCAAGGCCUGGCGGUUCGCCUGGGACGCUGCCCCCUUUCGCGCAAGCGGCAGGGCGGGGACGCCUCGCAGAGCGCCGGUCCCCGCUCCGCCGCUGAGCCCCUCCGCGUUCACCGCAGUGCGUGCCUCAACGCUGGGACGGACCGAGAGGGGUCGCCCCGAAAGCGCCAGAAGAUCGAGCAGCUCAUAGACGCUGCGUCGAGCGUGUUCGGCGUCGUCUCGUCCGCCGUCUCGUCCGCCGUCUCGUCCGCCGUCUCGUCUGCCGUCUCGUGGGCCGUGAGGAUGGGUUCAAGUCCCUUCUGUGGUGGCUCCCAUGUUCCGCGGGACGUCCUCUCCGACAGCCCCGCACCGCGACCGCCGCCAUCGCUCAGCACGCACCGCACCGCCGCCUCCAGCGCCCAGGCCACAGGGAGACGGAGGCUGCCACUAAGAGGCGACCGAGACAUCCUGCAGUCACCCUCCCACGGGGCCUAUAUGACAAACUCAGGCGAGAACGAGGGGGAGGGGACGGAAGAGGAGUAUGAGGAGGAGGAAGAAGAGGGGGAGGAGGAAGAUAGUGACUGCGAUGUGUCCAUCAUUGGAAUCAUCCAAACACCUCAGCCCAACGGACUGUUAAGGGAGAGGUGCGGGGCACAGUUGCCCGGGGACACGGACACGCCUCUGCGUGAGGAGAGUCCGGGCUUCGUCGGUGCCGCCCCCCGUGGCUGCCAGCUCGGAGUCGGCGCCAGUGCGGCGGACGGGCGGAGUGGCGAAUUCCCGGAGCUCACCAAGGAGAUGGUGUUGGCUGUGACCGAGGCGUCACGCGGGGUUGACCCCGAUGAGGUCGUGUCGCGACACGGCCCCCACUGCGUCACGCGGCAAGAUCUGAACACGCUGAGCGGAACCUCGUGGCUCAACGACAAGGUCAUUGACUUCUACCUGAGCCUCUUAACGGAGAGCGGGAGCAGCGCCGGUGUUGCCGGCGGCGCCGUGCCCGUCUACGCCUUCACCACGUUCUUCUACACGCGCCUGCGGGACUGUGGCCCCGCGUCCGUGCGCCGCUGGACCAAGCGCGUCGACCUGUUUGCCUUUCGCAUCCUGCUGGUGCCUGUGCACCAUGGGUCGCACUGGUGUCUCAUUGUGAUUGACGUCUGCAAGAAGCGAAUCACCUACUACGACCCCCUGGGCUCCAGCAACACCGCAGCGUGCCACGACCUCCUGCGCUACCUGUGCGAGGAGAGCGAGGUGAAGCGGGGGCGGCCGCUGGCGCCCCAGGACUGGGCGGUGCGGGGCUGCGUGGCGCCCGGGCUGCUGGCGCUGCCGCGGCAGAGCGGCCACGACGACUGCGGCGUGUUCGUGUGCCAGUUGGCACGAGGCGUCGCACGCGGCCUCGGGGCCGACUUCGGGCAGCAGCACAUGCCGUACUUCCGAUGGCGCAUGGCCUGGGAGAUCCUGCACGCGCGGCUCCUGUGAGGAGCGGCGGCGGCGGCGGUGGCGGCGGUGGCGGUGGCGGUGAUGCCGGCCGGUGGAGGUGGCGGCGGUGAUGCCGGCCGGUGGAGGUGGCGGCCGCUUCGGCAGGAAACGGAACGCGGCGACGGGGAAGGUCUUCGAGCAGACGGGGGGGGGGAUGUUGCGUCGAGGAUCGGCAACACUUCAUUGCGUGACGUUACAUUUUUGGAAUGGGUUUUCAGAAAUUUUCCACGGGCAGCUGGCAGUCGCGCCGACGUUGGCAAGCAGUGGUGGGAACCGCUGGGACCGAUGUUGAGGCAACGUUGGGGCCCAGGCUUCCGCGUUUACCGGGACAGAACGGCCGCCCGCUCAGCGGGCGUCCCCGUUGCGCGACGCCGUUUGCUCGGCGUUCGGAAUGCGCGGACUUGGUCGAGCGUGCGCGGCCGGGAGGCGCGACCGUCGGCUCGGCCACGCCGAGGCUGCAGCAGAAGAGACACCCGAGGCCGGGAGAGAGAAACCCGGAAACAAGGAGACGCAGGACGACAGAGAAGCCGCCGCGACGAGCGGUGAACGCGCUGCCGCUCGACCGUGCGGAUGACGGAGAGGGGACGUACAAGAGAUGGAGAGACGGUGAGGAGGAGAGACUGGGAUGGACACCAAGGGGCAAGUGAGAGGAGGAGAGGCUUGCAAAGAGGCUGUGAGCGACGAGCAGGCACGUGAAGGUGGGGAGAGUGACGGUGGUGGGGGGAGCAGGCAGUGGGGAAUGAAGUGAGGUGACAGGAGGGAGGCGAGAAGGAAGAUGGGGGUUGACGGAGGGACGGGUGGCGACGGCCACCUCAGCCAAAGCCUUGCCAAGGCCCCCCGACGACAGAGCAGUGUUGUCUUUUGCGUUAGGAGUUUGCCAAAGGCUUCCGAUUUGUUCCGGGAUUCUUCUGGAUCACGCCACUGUACUGCUGUAACUUAGACUUACGCAGAGUGUAGUGCUCGGGACGAGCUUCGGAUUUAAACAUUUGCUAAUUUUUUGCGAAUUCAAAGGACCGUCUCAUUUCUUUUGUGAAUUUCGUGUUUACAUUCUGCACUCCGUAUUUAAAAGCCCCCGUGCCAAUGACGGUGACGUCACACGGCGCCACGUGGGGGGGGAAGGGUAGCGGAGGGUUAGUGGGAUGUGGAAGUGACAUCACAGGAAGUGUGCCGUCAACAGGAAGUGACCACAUUUUCCGGACUCUCUGAAAUUUGGUAUCUUGGUUCGAUUCAUAAAUGUUUUUUUUUCGGAGUACGCAUCGCCGCAGCGUGUGACGUGCAUGUACAAUGUGUGCGCGUAUAAUACAAACACACAUUUGGACA